GCUGCAUGUGAACUAGUACGUAGUCGGCCCGCCGAGAAGACUGCUAAAAAAAAAAGUGAAGAAUUGUAUAAUCAUUUUCUAUCGUGAUUCGUUCAGAGGAGCUUUUCCCCAAAAAUCAAGCAAAACCGGUGUACUAUCUACCCCCAAAAUAUAUAGAAUCGAUAAUGUUGGACAUAAUCAGGUGUUAACCCAGUUUUUUUUCAGGGAAGGGAAGCAACUCAGUGAAGACGGACACUUCGUCGACAACAUUGUGUAACGGACUCACGUUGUGUCGAAGGUUGUAAGGAAGUGUCUCACCUGAACCGAAUAAGAUAUGCACUUCAUUUGUUUUCUGCAAGAGGAACGACUUUAUGUUAUAUCAUGCAACUGAAUCGCAGGGACAGACAAUUGUUUUGUCUUCGUCUUCGCUGGAAUUUUCAUUCGCAGGAAGCUUUGCCGUGUUGUCGGGCUCAAGAAGUACAUUUUUGUGGAUUUGUGAUUUCAAUGCAGACUGGGGUAAAUAGUGUGGACAAUAACGGUUAAAUGAUACAAGGUUAGGAAAACAGACGCCUUAAAGAGGUCUUUUUAGUUUUGUGAAAGUACAUAUCACUCUGGCUUCUUCAAAGAACAGGCAGAUAAACUUAGCCCAAUGGACAAAAAGCCUCCUGCACAGACUGGAGACAACAUUACAAAAGUCAGCGAUUCAAACUAUGGGUCUCUAAUAGCUGAGAGCAGCAGCAGCUGCCUGUCUUUGUUAAGUGAAAGUGAUCUGAUGGAUGAACCAUCCACUAGUGGUUGCAGUAGUGAGAUGGCAUCAAUGGCGCAGAGCAGAGAAAAAAAGCGUCAAAAAGUCAAAGAAUUCUUGAAAGAGCUAAAGUCGAUGGUGCCUCAGACUCAAGGUACCAAACUUGGCACCCUGUCUACCUUGGACUAUGUUGUCAGUAGCAUGCGCAAAAUAACUGAGGAACAGAAGCAGGAGAAAGCACAUGUGUUUCAGCCACCAUCAUCGCUGCCCACCUUGCAGCCCUCUGAUUCUGUUGAUUUUCGCAACGUCAAUGAUGGCAUCAUCCUAAACACAAAGAGUGAGCUAACAGUGGCUGUAUCUCUUAAGAACCAUGUUGUCCUGCAUACAUCUGCUGCCCUUAUGGAUUUACUUGGCUACCCACAUGUAUGGUGGAAAGGUCGACUGCUUAAGGAUUUUCUCCACAAGAAAGAUGCCAUGACUGUUAGCAGCUACAUCAACUCGGAAUUUAGUGACACUGAGUCCACUGCAGAUUCCAGCAGUCCAGCUAAAGGUCCUGCAAAGAGAAAGAACGAAGGACAAAAGCAGUUUUUCUACACAAGACUCAGACGAUUCCGAAGCCUUAGCAGUGGCUUUAGCAUUCAAAAUGCAGCAUCCUACACUUUUUUCAAAGUAAUGGUUACUUCCAAGCCUCCAGAUAAUGCUUUGGAAACUUCUUCUGAUGAAAAGACCAAUAAGCGAUGUAUGGUUUUGUACUUUGCACCAAUGACAUCACCAUAUAAAGUUUAUGGUUUAAGCAAAUGGCAACUCCCAGCUGAUCCAGAGCAACGUACUUUCAGUUUGCGACAUUCACUGUUCUGCACAUACACCCAUACUCAUGCCAAUACGGUGGCUUUGCUGGGCUUUCUACCACAAGACAUUGUGGGUAGCUCCAUUUUUGACUACUACCACUCCGAAGAUUUGCCACAGCUGUUGGAGAUAUAUAAGAAAGUGAUGCAGUGCAUGGGUCAACGUUUUAAGAGUGGACCACUUCGGCUAAGGACUCGAAAUGGGACAUAUGUGAAAGUUAUCACAGAGUGGUCAUCCUUCACCAACCCUUGGGACCACAAAUUGGAAUUUAUCAUUGCUCAGCACACAGUGAUCAAAGCCCCAGAGAGACCUAACCUCUUUGAAGAACUCCCUGAUGACCGCAAAAUGGUUGAUAACAUGACAUCUGAAGUGGCUCAGAAACUCAUAGUCAGGAUCACUGAAGUGUUAAAAAAGCCUGUAAACCUUAGCCAUGUUGAGUUGUUACCUCCAGCUUCUACCGAUCCAAGUAUAAAUGCUCCAGGAACACAAAAUGCUACAGCAGGCUCCUCUGCGAGAGAUGACCUGGGAGGACCCAAGACCACCAACAGAGAGAAGGCAAAAAAUGAGAGCUCAACAAGUCCAACAUCCCCAUCUGACAUUUCAUCUAGCAUUAUGGAUGAGAAGAGCAUCUCAUCAUUGUACAAUCAACUGAACUACUCUCUCAAUAUAAAAAAGUUUUUGCUAAGCCAUCCAAAGUGUUUCCCAGUCUCAGAUGAGGACAGCAGUACUGAUGUUGUCAUUAACAAAGAUGACAGUGAAGAGGAGAUCAAUGAGGAAGAGGAGAUGGCAGUAGAAUUUCCAGUGGUUCGGCCCCCCAGUUGUGGCAGCAGUACACAGGUGCAUGUUUCAGAACAAGGCUUCAGAGAGGAAAUACCCAGCCCGCCUUCCUUUAGUGAGGAUCCCCACCUAACAAGAGAGGCUGUAGAUAACCAGCUAGCACUUACAGAGGAAUCCCUUCGCAAGCACACCAAGGCUCAGGAGCGCCUAUACUUGCAGAAAGCAUCCAAAGAGCAGCCACACCUGUUCCAUAUGUGUCCUCGUCGCAAGGCCAUGCGUGUGAGGCAGAAACGUACUCGUCCAUGUACCCAUGAAGAGACUGAUAUCUUCAAGUUUGCCAGGAACUCGCUGGGUCAGCGUGGGAGUAACCUUAACAGUGGCAGUGGGGGUGGGCUCUUCAUGUCAAAUGUUCCCAUGACUACAGUUGAUAUAAAGCCAACUAACAGCCCCCAUGUCACUAACCCCCUACACCAACAGUCACCCAGCAUGGUGGGCAUGAUGCCUGGUCACUACCAGUCUGGCAUGGGUAUGGUACCCCAGCUGACCAUGUUGCCCCUUGACCCAGCCACUGGUAUGCAUCUGCAGCCCACUAUACCACAGUUCCUUCCACCUCCCAGUUCCAGCAUGCAGUGGCCAUACUACCCCCAGUCAGGGUACUCAUUGCUUCCGCAAGUGAUGGCUGGAUUUUAUCAGCCACUGUUGCAGCCAGUUUCAAUGACUCCAGUUUCACAACCUCCAUCAUACAAUACUAACUCUCCUUGCACCACUUCACCUGGGUUUACCAUCUCUCCUGAAAGGGCACAACAGACAACACCUGUAUCCGUUUCACCUUUCAUUUCCUCCUUCCCGAGCCAAAGACAGGCAGCUACGGGAGUGCCUCAUGAGAGUGAAAGGCUAGGUGCUAGUUGGUUUACCCUUCAAAGCCAUGGGCCCAGCCUGUGGGGAACAAAAGACUACUUUAGAAAGACAUGCAGCCAGAAACCAAGUAUAUCUAAGGACCAGCCUAAAAAUGGAACAGACUCGGAAAACCCCACUUCCUCUAUGGAGGAGACCAGUUCAUCCACCCAGUACUUGCUGGAAGCCAUCAGUGCCAACUACAGUUCUCCUAAUGAGGAGACAGAAGAGAAGAUAGCUCAGUACCAGCGACAGCUCAACAAGAGGUCACGCCAGCGAACAGUUGUUCCUCCAUGGCUUCAGGGUUUAAACUGGACUGCAGAGGUGCGGUUUAUGUACAAGAUGCCAAUAACAAAAAAGAAAAAUUUGCUGAAGAAGGACAGGGAGGCCUUGAAGAAGCUUGUACAGAGUGACCAGAGUCGGCAGCAGCUGGAGGAACUUCUGGAAGACAUUGAGAUGCCUGAUCAUGCUGCUGCCAUGGAUGAGGAAGCAGACUACAUUUUCUUCCCUGAAGAAAAAGAAGAGCCUGAAGAUGGGGAAAGGACUCCAAGAGUAAAUUUGUCUCCCACUGUCUCAUGGGAGAUUGGUGCUGCUGAAAAAGAUGUAGUUACAGCUGAUUGCUGUGAAAAGCCCAUGGCCAUGGAUGUGACGGACACAGUUCACAAAGAGAACAAGCCCAUAGAGGAGGCCAAUGACCAUGAUGAAGGGGAGAAGAGGAUGGAAGAGUCUGGUAUUGUGUUAGAAACUGUCACAGAACCCUUGGAAAAGCCACGCUCUCCAGCUUCUCAAGGCAGCAUCAGAGACAAGGAUGGCAGGUCCACUUCACCUGUACUCCCUACCAUAGAUUCCAAAGGUGAUGCUGCUUCUAUGGAGAACAACACUAAGUCUCCAAAACAUGGCUCUUGGAGCGACGAAGGCAGUGACAAUGGAAGUUCCAACACAGCACAGAAGGCAGCAGAAAUCGAAGAUGCUCAAUCAUCUUCAUCUAAAGUGUCUUCAGAUUUGACGCCAUCUGAGGAACGGAGCACAGAAGAUGCAGGCAGCUCCUUGAAAGAAUCGGAUAUGUCCACGCCCAAAGGCUCAUUUGCAUCCUCCAAUGACAAAAUGUCCACUGACUCAGGUGGGGAGUCAGUGCCCACUCCCAAGGUGGAUUUCUUUGACAAACUGUUUGUGCCACUGAAGGUUCGCAUGUGCCAGGGUGGUUUGGUGUGUAGCAAGAACUCGCUGAUGAGUCUUCCAUUCUGGCAGUUGGAGGCUCACAUGUCGAAGCAUGUGGCUAUGCAGUACACCAUGUCGCCCAUGGAACUGUCCACAGUUUUGGCUAAUGACCGCCGCCGUCUGUCAGACAUGACCCAACCCCAUAUUGUCAACUGUCAGCUUCUGGAACUCUUGCAAGAGACAGAGGCCCACCGAAGUGGAGGCAGCAGUGGUGGAGACUGUGCACCACAUAAAGGGAAGCCAAGAGGAGAGAUUCAGUUGGAAGAAGCAUCCACCCAGUUUGUGAAACCACCUGGGAGGAAACAGCCUAAAGGGGUGUCUACAUCUGCAGAGACACAGCCACCAUCAAAAUCUAAGGCAGGUGAGGACCAGUCUGCUGUUUCCUCCUCCUUAUCACAGGACACUUCCUCAUCUGAGAGGACCAAGCCCAAAAGGGGACAGACGCAUCCAACAGUGGAGAAGCAGCUGUUAGAAAAACUGCAGAGCAUGACUCAAGGCAAACAGUCUGAGCUGUGGCCUGGAGAUGUCAUUAUGAGCAAAGUGUGUCUGCCAGUGGACCUUGUGGGUAGUCACAGCAUGCCAGAAACUAUAGCCAAGUCACAGGAUGCAGAAAUUCUGGACUCUGUGGACUAAAAGAGUACUCUUUACAUGAAUCUACACUCAGAUAUGAAAAUGAGUCUUUUGUUACAGUGGUGCCAUAAAGUUUGUCAUAAUAAGAUUUCUUAAUUUCCCUUAAAGUUAACAGAAUUUAUUCUCCUCAAAGUUAACCAAAUGAUAGUUUACUAAAAAUGUGGGUGUGGAAAAAGCAACUCUUGUGUGAAAAACUGUAGGAUUUGAAUCCGCACGAUUGUAACAUGUCAGAAUGCAGCAGAGGUGUGCUGCAUACAGAUGAAACUUCAAGAGCACUAGUAAUGAUGAUAUGAAUAUACCACUGACAAAGAUCUAACUAAAAUUUGAUACAAUAGGUUAAUUCAUGUAUUAAUAUUGAAACUGUUAAGUUAAUGCAUGUAAGUCGGAAAGCAAAAGUGAUGUCAGUACAGCCUGCAAAAACCUACCAUCCCAUCUAUUGAUCAGGUUUUUUGUGAUGGUUUUGUGUUUGGUUGUUCUAAGUUGAGGCUAAGUGUUAUGCAUCUUUUGAUUCCUACCCCUCUCCUCUAAUGAAACCUCAGAUAUGUUGUCAUAUCAGUCUGACACUGGAUGUUAGUAACAUGCCAUAGUUGAUUACUUCUCAUCGCUCACUGUUAUAUGAUGUUUGAUUGUUAUAAGUUUGUUUGGCUGUUGUGAUUUUCUGUGGUUCUUAUAAAUGCUGUGUCCUUUAUUUUUCUUAACACUUUACAGUUCUGCUGGGAAUGAAGUCAAAAUAACCUAUUUACUUAAAGGAUGGUCAACAAAUGGUGAUCUGUAAAGAGUUAAGUAUGUAAUUAGUGAGCAUUGGCAAAACAGUGCUCAUGAGUUUGGUAUAUUUAUUUGAAAAAUGUUAUGUAAAAAUAUUUUAAUUGCCUGUGUGCUUUGAUGCAUAUUCAGGCAAAAUGUCUUUGUUGAGACUUAACGUUUAUCAGAAAUAAACUAAAUGUGUAACAGUUUGUUUGUGACAUCAGUGCCUUCUUGCAUGAAUCAUGUAAUUUAGUUUUUUUUUAGUAUCAGAACAGUGCAUAGCUGAUAAGGACAGCAAGAUUUAGGGGCUGACAUUUUAAUGCUUUCAAGUCCAAGAAGUAGAGCAAGUGAGAAAAUCCAUCAGAUGCACUUCACUAGCUGAGUUGUAUCACAGGUUUUUCAACUCUGUGUCAACAGAAAGAUAAUAACAAAGCCCAUGAACAAAAAACUGCAGAGUUGCAACUUGUGAAUCACAUCUUAGCUCAUUCAAUUCAGAUGCAUCAGCACAAUUGAGCUUUAGCUGUGAAGAUGUUGCCAUCUGCAGGUUGCAAAAUGUAUAAAAAGGGUUAAUUGGAUGGUACUUUAUAAAAAGUUCUAAUCAGUUAGCAGAAAGCUUCUAACCAUAUGCUGGUGAGCAGUCCUGAAAGACCUGUUAAUGAGCUGGGGCUCUGUCAAACCUUGGUCCAGUCAAGAGAACAGUUCGUAAUAGAUUGCUUACCAUCUUCCCUCAAUAGUCCUUAAAAGACUAUGAGGCUGUCUCACAAAAUAGGUCUCAUAAACAAAUCAACAGCAUUCUUCUUGGGUUUCCAUGGAUGCUUGGCGUACAAAAGUAGGUGAUGCCUGAACCAUUGAGUAGUUACCAGACAGGAAACUGAAAAUGAUGGUUGUUUACCAAAACACAUCUGAAGCUUUUUUUUAUAUUGCGAGAACCAGCUAAUUAGAUUUUAAAUUGAAAUACAGUAUUGCAAGUACUGCUGAACUAGAUCUCACAUAGGGUUGCAAAUAAUAGGUCAAGUAUGAGUCAUUUCAAAUCCAAUGGUUUUUUUACAGCCAAAAUACCUACUAAGCUUGUAAUAUGCACCACCAUGUUUGGUAGUCUUUUGAACAUCCAUAGGAUGAUCUUAACUGUCCAUAAAACUUGGGUGCACUUUAGAAAUAUGGCAUUGCUUGACCUUUUGUUGUCUGGGCUGUAUUGCUGGUCUUGUUUUUUUGUGUUCAACUUGAGAGCUUAACUGAUUGAUCAGUUUGGAGUGUGUCAGGCAUCAGAAACAAAAAGUGCAAGGAUAGAUCCCUGCAUGAAUAUUUAUAAUGAACAAAAUGCUGUAAAAAAUGAUUUUCAGGAAUAAAUGAUAAUUUUAUUUUACACCAUAACCCUAAAGACAAACAUUAGUAACAAAGCACACAGAGUCACUCUUUGUAUUAAAGCAAUGAUUGAUAACAGCCAGAGUAACCUGAUGUUUAUUAAUGGCAGUUUUCCCAACAGCUGGUCAAGAAGGUUACACAGAGUGCAAUUGCACACAAUUAUGAGUGAAUGUGAGAGAAAGUGAAAAUUUGGCUUGAGUUUGUACAUAGACCUAAAGUGACAGCCAACUUCAUAAACUUUUAACAUUCAUAAUAGCAAAAAAAGAUCCAUGUGUCUCCAUGGUGCCAUAUCAAAACAUUUUGAAAUCAUUAUCAUGGAUGUUAAAAUUUUUAAAUGCAUAUUUAUUUGUGAGAUAAAAAAAUGGUUAAAUAUUUCAUGGAUGGAAGUAUUCUUGGCAGUUUUGUUGUUAAAAGUAUCCUUACUGUCUGAGAAAUUACUUUUUGUUACUGAGAAAAAUAAAUCACCUCCUGUUGUGCA